CCCAAAAUCCUUGACCCAUUAUUUUCCAAUGCUUGUAUAGCUAUUUGAGAUCCAAAAACUCAAUCUAAAACAAUGCUUACAGAAAAAAGAUUCAACCUUAUGGAGUUGAAUUCAACCAUCACUUACAAAUGGAAACUCUGUAUGAUACUGAGCUUAUUUAGUUGUUUGAUAAUUCUCCUUUAUCUUAAUCCAAAUGACCAAAAUCUAUGGUAUUCCCCUGCCAAAAACAGCCCAUUAGAUGUAGCAGAGGCACCAAUGUCGUCUACCACGAUUUUCGAGCAUCCGAAACCAUCAAUGUUAUCUACCAUUAGUCCACCAGCAGCUAGAGCUAGCUUGAAAAACAAAACCACCCAACUUGAUGAUUUCACAUCUAAUCAAGAUGAGAUCAAAGAACCGAAGUCAACUCAAUUAGACAAUACAGAAAAACCAACAAUGAACAUUGCUGAAAAGAAGUGCAAUAUCUUUGAUGGAAGAUGGGUCUAUAAACCAGAUAAAAAACCUUAUUAUGAUUCAAAUACGUGUCCAUUCAUUGAAGAAAAGAUGAAUUGCCAAAAGAAUGGAAGGCCCGAUUUCGAGUAUGAGAAAUGGAGAUGGGAAGCUAAAGAUUGUAAUAUACCAUCAUUUAAUGGAAGAGAUAUGCUUGAAAGGCUUAGAAACAAGAGAGUGAUAUUAGUCGGAGAUUCACUAAACAGAAAUAUGUGGGAGUCCCUCGCUUGCCUUUUAUAUACCUCUGUUCCUUCCUCAAGAGUUGAAGUUGAUGCUAAUGGUUCAGAUUAUAAGGUGCUGAAAGCAAAGGACUACGAUGCUAUAAUUGAAUUCUAUUGGAGCCCAUUUUUAAUUGACUUUGAUAAAAACCACACAAGCGAGAAGAAAGUUCUUGUGCUAGACAAGCUUUCACCCAACUCAAAGCAAUGGUGUGGAGCGGAUGUUAUGGUAUUCAACUCAGGGGCUUGGUGGACUCACAAAGGAAAGUUGAAAGCGUGGGAUUUGUUUCAGUACAAAGGACAACUAUUGAAAAAGAUGUCGACGGAGAUGGCAUAUGAUAGGGCCAUGAAAACAUGGGCGAAAUGGAUCCGAAAAAACAUAGAUCGAAAUAAAACAACUGUAUUCUUUAGGAGCAUUUCCGCACAACACAACGGAAAGCAAUGGUGCUUCAACUCAACACUGCCUUUUAUGGAUGAUUCCUUCGAAAAAACAUUUCCAAAAUCAUUAACAAAUAUUAUUGAGCGCUUGAUAGAAGGAAUGAGCAAAUUACAAGUUAGGUACUUGAACAUCACCAAGCUUUCAGAGUACAGAAUUGAUGCACAUUCAUCAGUGUAUUGGAGCAGCUGGAAAUGGAAGAUUGAGGCGAAUAAAAGAUUUAUUUCUUCUUUCGCUGAUUGUAUCCAUUGGUGCCUUCCUGGAUUACCGGAUGCAUGGAAUGAAUUAUUAUAUGCUUCUCUUUUUUUGAAUAAUUAAGGAAUUACAUUUAAUGUCUAACAAAGCAAUAAUUAGAUUGUCAUGCACAAGCUGUACCAUAAUAUAUCUAAGUUCCUUAUGAAUAUAUUUUAGAGAACGUAUUG